CUCAACUUAAUGUGUUGUCUCGCUAGCGACACUCUUUUGUAAAACUUUUCACGGCACAUAUACCACUCUGCCCGCCUUUUCCCGGGCACCUAGCCAUCGCCAUCCAAAGGGCACGCUCGCAUAUUCCGCCCCUGCCCGGAAAAGCCUCGGGCAGCUGUGGCGGAGUCAUUGCUCCUCGUCGCAUCUCAGCUGUUUAAAGUGUUCGAGCAUUCACCAAACGCAAAGAGAUAGAUUUUUAAGACGUCACUAUAAUUUUGACCAGAACACACUCCCGGCGUUGUCACUCCAAUUUUCUCGAGAAAAUGGGGUGUGAAACACCGAGAAACAGGCACUAGGAGUUGCUUGGUCGGCGGUUCUGGUCUCCGAUCUCGAAACUUCUUCAGCUUUGCUCGCAGUGCUUCCGUUUUUCCCCGGCGGGAGAUGUGGAACGUCGUGCGAUCUGCAGCGUCUAGUUUUCGCCGCUCGCGGCGGUUCUCGACGGCGAUUCCUGGUCCCUGUAUUGUUCACAAGCGCGGCGCGGACAUUCUUCACGAUCCCUGGUUUAACAAGGAUACUGGCUUCCCCUUGACAGAAAGAGAUAGGCUUGGGCUCCGUGGUCUUCUGCCGCCUCGUGUUAUAUCAUUUGAGCAGCAACAUGCUCGUUUCAUGGAGUCAUAUCGAUCACUAGAGAAGAAUACCCAUGGCCAACCUCUUGGUGUUGUAUCCUUAGCAAAAUGGAGGAUCUUAAAUAGACUGCAUGACAGGAAUGAGACAUUAUACUACAGAGUCCUUAUUGAUAACAUCAAAGACUUUGCUCCCAUAAUAUAUACGCCAACAGUAGGAUUGGUGUGCCAAAACUACUCAGGUUUGUUUAGACGCCCACGUGGAAUGUAUUUCAGUGCAAAGGAUAAAGGAGAGAUGAUGUCCAUGAUCUAUAACUGGCCAGCUCAACAGGUAGACAUGAUAGUUGUGACAGAUGGAAGCCGUAUUCUUGGUCUUGGUGAUCUUGGAGUUCAGGGAAUUGGGAUACCUAUUGGAAAACUUGAUAUGUAUGUUGCUGCUGCUGGCAUUAACCCGCAGAGAAUUCUCCCUGUCAUGCUAGAUGUGGGCACUAACAAUCAAAAGCUUCUUGAAGAUCGUCUUUAUUUAGGACUGCGGCAACCUAGGUUGGAAGGGGACGAGUAUCUCUCAAUUGUUGAUGAAUUCGUGGAAGCUGUCUUCACACGUUGGCCCAAGGCUGUUCUACAGUUUGAAGAUUUUCAAAUGAAGUGGGCUUUUGAAACGCUGCAACGAUAUCGCAAAAGGUUUUGCAUGUUUAACGAUGACAUACAGGGAACUGCUGGUGUUGCUCUAGCAGGACUACUGGGAACUGUUAGAGCACAAGGUCGUCCAUUGACGGACUUUGUAAAACAAAAGAUAGUUGUAGUUGGAGCUGGGAGUGCAGGGCUUGGCGUUCUCAACAUGGGCGUCCAGGCUGCUUCAAGAAUGGCUGGGAACAAUGAAACUGCAGCAAGAAAUCAAUUUUUCCUACUUGAUAAAGAUGGUCUCAUCACAAAAGAAAGAAAAGGUAUUGAUCCAGCAGCAGCCCUGUUUGCUAGAGCCCCAGAAGAGAUUGGGGGACUUAGGGAGGGUGCUAGUCUCGUUGAAGUGAUUAGAAAAGUAAAGCCCCAUGUGCUUCUAGGCUUGUCUGGAGUUGGCGGUGUCUUCAAUGAGGAGGUGCUUAAGGCCAUGCGAGAGUCUGAUUCUACCAAACCUGCCAUUUUUGCAAUGUCAAAUCCCACGAUGAAUGCUGAGUGCACUCCUGCUGAUGCUUUCAAGCAUGCUGGAGAAAGUAUUGUGUUUGCAAGUGGCAGUCCUUUUGAAAAUGUUAAUCUUGGGAAUGGGAAGGUAGGCUACGUAAAUCAAGCGAAUAACAUGUACCUAUUUCCAGGGAUUGGUUUGGGAGCUCUUCUCUCUGGUGCUCGUGUUAUUUCCGAUGGAAUGUUGCAAGCUGCUGCUGAGUGCCUUGCUUCUUACAUUACAGAUGAAGAUAUCCAAAAGGGCAUCUUGUAUCCAUAUAUUGGAAGUAUAAGACGUAUCACAGCAGAAGUUGGAGCUGCUGUUGUGCGAGCUGCGGUUGCUGAAGAGUUAGCAGAGGGACAUGGUGAUGUGGGGCCCAGAGAACUCAGCCAUAUGUCAAAAGAGGAGACGGUGGAUUACAUCACCCGCAACAUGUGGUUCCCUAUUUACAGCCCUCUUGUUCACGAGAAAUAAAAUGCCCCCCUGUUCUCUGUGUUUCUUUUGAGGUAUUGGUGUGUUCUGCACCCAGCUGUUGUACCAAUUCUUCAAAUUUUCUACUUUGAUUUGCUAAGCAUAGUCGAGUAGAAAAGAAAAGGUGUGGGGAUUAUGCCCCUUCCCAAGUUUGAUAGCACCCUGUUGGCUUAUUACUUUAUUUAUUAUGCCUGUAGAUGUGAUUUAUUUAUAAAAAUAUAUAUUAUGCAGUUGUACAA